ACGUGUCCAACUUACAUGAUAAGGGCUGUUCCGAGCAAUGCAUCAGACAAUGUAUGCUGCACGCUAUUAGCUCAAAGCGCGGUUCAUGGGGUGAUGGCUGGUUACAAUGGCUUCACCGUUGGCCUUGUCAAUGGCAGACAUACUUACAUUCCCUUCUACAGGAUCACGGAGAAACAGAACAAAGUGGUGAUCACUGACAGAAUGUGGGCGAGGCUUUUGUCUUCAACAAACCAGCCUAGUUUCAUGAAGCACGAUGAUAACCACGAGCCAAACCAUUCGGGUGGUGAAGCAGGUACCAUGAAUUGGUGAAACAACUCUUGUCUGAAAUCAUUUGUUUGAAAAGAAAGUAAGGUUUCUUUGUUUUGAUAGAAGCUUCUCAAAAUGUUUUAUAAUCUUUCUUCAAGCAAAAGAGAGAUAUACAUGUCCUCCUUGGAAAGAGAGUUCAUACGGUUAUAUAAUUGUGAUAAUAAUAUACUAAACUUAUGGUUUGAUCUUUGCUCUUACCAAACUGUAAUUUACACUUAUGAGAACAAAUAUAUAAGGAAAUGUUUUGGUUCAA